GCAGCUCAAGGGGGUGGUCACAGAACCCUGCUGUAUGGCCAUGCGAUACUACUUCGACAUUCGUUUAGUGAAAUGUAUUUGACAUGUUUAACAUCAUCAAGAUCUCAGACGGAUAAACUUGCAUUUGAUGUGGGACUACGAGAAAAUGCAGCAGGUGAGGCAUGCUGGUGGACAAUACACCCUGCUUCUAAACAAAGGUCAGAAGGAGAAAAGGUUCGAAUAGGUGAUGAUCUUAUCCUGGUCAGUGUGUCCUCUGAAAGAUACCUGCAUCUCUCCGUAUCAAAUGGAAGUAUUCAAGUGGACGCCUCCUUUAUGCAGACGCUAUGGAAUGUACAUCCUACAUGCUCAGGGAGCAAUAUUGCAGAAGGAUAUCUUCUUGGUGGGCAUGUAGUACGUUUUUUCCAUGGCCAUGAUGAGUGUUUGACAAUUCCAUCUACAGACCAGAAUGAUUCACAGCACAAGAAAGUACUUUAUGAAACUGGAGGAGCUGGCGUUCGAGCAAGGUCUUUGUGGAGAGUGGAACCACUUCGGAUAAGCUGGAGUGGAAGUAACAUCAGAUGGGGACAGCCUUUCCGCCUUCGACAUAUUACAACAGGAAAUUACUUGGCUCUGAAUGAAGAUGAAGGACUUGUAAUGUUAGACAGGGAAAAGUCAGACACAGCAUCUACUGCCUUUUGUUUUAGAGCAUCAAAGGAGUUGAAAGAAAAGCAGGAUUCUAGUCUUAAACGUGACAUGGAUGGAAUGGGAGUCCCAGAAAUAAAGUAUGGUGAUUCAAUCUGUUUUGUCCAACAUGUGGCAAGUGCCUUAUGGUUGACUUACAAAGCACAAGAUGCUAAAUCAGCACGUUUAGGUCCCUUGAAAAGAAAGGUUAUAUUACACCAAGAAGGACACAUGGAUGAUGGUCUAACCUUACAAAGAUGUCAGCUCGAGGAAUCCCAGGCUGCUCGAAUCAUUCGCAAUACUACAAGCUUAUUCAGCCAUUUUAUAAGUGGAAACAACAGAACACUGUCACCCGCUGCCCUGCCUAUUGAGGAGAUGGCUCAGACUCUGCAAGAUCUGAUUACUUACUUCCAGCUUCCCGAAGAAGACCUGGAACAUGAAGAUAAGCAAAGCAAGCUUCGGUCACUCAAAAACAGACAGAAUCUAUUCAAAGAAGAGGGAAUGCUGGCGCUAGUUUUGAAUUGCAUUGAUCGCUUAAAUGACUACAACAGUGCAGCUCAUUUUGCAGGAAUUGCAAGAGAAGAACAAGGUACAGCAUGGAAAGAAAUUUUGAAUCUCCUUUACAAAUUGUUAGCUGCUCUCAUUCGUGGCAACAGAAACAAUUGUACUCAGUUUUCCAGUAACCUUGAUUGGCUAAUAAGUAAAUUGGAGAGAUUAGAAUCUUCCUCAGGUAUUUUGGAAGUGUUGCACUGCAUCUUGAUUGAAAGCCCAGAAGCUUUAAAUGUAAUAGCUGAGGAGCACAUCAAAUCCAUCAUUUCAUUGUUGGAUAAACAUGGGCGCAAUUAUAAGGUUCUUGAUGUGCUCUGCUCUCUCUGUGUCUGUAAUGGAGUUGCAGUCCGUGCCAAUCAAAAUUUGAUCAGUGACAAUCUACUGCCUAGAAGAGACUUACUUUUGCAAACACGUUUGAUUAAUGAUGUGACCAGCAUAAGGCCAAAUAUAUUUCUGGGUGUUGCUGAGGGCUCUGCACAAUACAAGAAGUGGUACUUUGAGUUAAUAAUUGAUCAGGUUGAUCCAUUCUUGACGGCAGAACCCACCCAUUUACGAGUUGGAUGGGCCUCUACUUCAGGUUAUGCCCCCUAUCCUGGAGGUGGAGAAGGAUGGGGAGGCAAUGGUGUUGGUGAUGAUCUGUACUCUUACAGUUUUGAUGGCCUUCAUCUGUGGUCUGGUCGAGUACCCAGAGCUGUAGCAUCUGUCAAUCAGCAUUUAUUAGCAUCUGACGAUGUGGUUAGCUGCUGCUUGGAUUUAGGUGUACCCAGCAUUUCAUUCCGCAUUAAUGGGCAGCCUGUACAAGGAAUGUUUGAGAACUUCAGUACAGAAGGGUUUUUCUUCCCUGCUGUAAGCUUAUCAGCAGGUGUAAA